AUGCCACAACUAAGAGGGCGCGGCAGGCUGCUGUCCUGUUUCUACUGCGGGAAGCGCUCUUCGACACGCUACGAUGGCCUCAUCCGCGAAUUCCUGUGCCUCCACUGCGAUGCGACAAACUACUUGGACGAACGCGGCGAAAUCACCGAUCCUCCAGUCGCGAAGACGACGACCGCGCCUGCGCCGACGACCUACGCGAUCCCUCGCUCGCAGUCACCCGACUUUUUCAGCCCAUCACAGAGCAUCUUCUGCGCCACGUGUUUGAAGAACCAGCACCUAUUUACGAGCUCCCUGGCACAGUACCUGCCCGACGACCCGGACCACCCCGAAUAUGCAGAGCUCGAGAGAAACAUGUACAAGUUCCGCAGGGGACUCGAACAACGAUACCCUCAAAUAUGCGCCGAGUGCGAACCAAAGGUCCACGCGAGACUGGACCAGGCGGGAUACACGGCGCGGACAGAUCACUUGCGGCGAAUGAUGGACAGGAGCAGGAACGAUCGCGGGGUGCCGAAGAAGCUGACACCAUUGGACAUGUCAGCAAAGCUGGGCCAGUGGCUUUGGCUGGGAGGAAUCGUGUGUCAAUACAUGUGGCAUCUGGCAUCUCUGGCAGCUGUCUUCGCAGGUCAGGAUGAGGGCCCCUUACGAGACCCUGACGCGGAGACAACUUGGUUAGAGAGGCUGUCUCUGGCACUGACGUUGGUUCUGCCCCGGCCAGAACGCCUAAUCAACUGGAGCUUAUGGGCGAAUGGGCUCAGUUUGUGGUGGAAUCCCAAAUUUGCCCAGGUAUUCCGCGGUUUCUCUAGGCAUAUUCUGGGACUAGGCCAAUGGUACACUUUCCAGGGCUUGAUUGUCUUCACGAGAUUCCUGGCGAUGAAAAUGGCAGAGAUGAAGGGCGGUCGAUCUGCAGAGGAGAGCACCCAGAUGAGCCUUCAUGGCUUGCUGGCCCUGCUCAUGAUGGCGAUAUAUAUCCUUGCCCAACGAUCAGUCCGUAUCGAUACGACUCCCCUCUUCCAAACAACAGGGACACCGGCCUCGUCGCCCCCUCGACCGCAACCACAAUCACAACGGAAGGAACGACAAGAGAACGACACGAAGAACAUGUCCAAUCUACUGGAUGAUAUCCUGGCAGAAUCUUCUCCGGGAGCACGCAUCCCUCCCAGCCCGACCAGUGUCGGAUCAAGCUCUCCAGCGAUGUUUCAACGCGACCUACAACACAGAGCCAGCACUCGCAGCUUCGGUUUCGGCACCCCUGAGCCGCAAAUACAGCAGCCGCAGAUACAAUACUCGGAAGAAAUGGACUGGUCUCCGACACAAUCUAGGCAUCGGGCCUUUAACGACCUCGGGCCCCCGAAGGCUCCGAACCAGGUAUUCGGGCAGCCCGACCCGGGGCCGAACUCCAGCCCGUUCUGGUACAAAGUACCCCCCGCACCGAUCACACCGGCGCAGAGGCUUCGCAACGGCCCAAAGCCGCUGCUGACGAAACCGGCCGAGAAGAAGUCCAUCUUCGCGACCAGCAGCAUGAACGCGUCCAAGUCGUCGGCAGACGCCGGCAGGGAAGGGCUGAGAGACGUCGCGUUCGCGCAGCCCACCUUCUUCGCGCCGUCGUCGAGCAACCCCAGCGACCCCCGCAACUCGCUCGCCGACAUGCUCAACUCGAGCUUCACCCUUAGUCAGGACGAGGACGAGGAGGGGCGGCCGGGCAGCAGUAGCGCCGGAAAUAGGACAGCGAAUGCCGAAACAACGACGAACACCGCCGGUGGCCCCCUGGCGAGAACGGCCGGGCUGCGCAACAACAGGUUACUCGACGUCUUCACCCUAGCCAUCCUCCUCGCCGCGUGGCUCCACGCGACGUCCGCGUCGUACCCGUACACCCGGGACGUGACGCUCGGCGCCAUGGUCCUCAGCAUGGCCAUCGCCGUCCACCUCACCGGGGACGCGAUCAGGGACUUGCGCCGCGAGGCGACGCCCAGCUGGGCCUCCAUCAUCAACACGUCCCUCGGCAUCGGCGAGCUGGCCGUCGCGUGUCAUUUCGCGCUCCAGAUCUGGGACGAUCGGCUGUCGGGCCCGAACUCGGGGCUGCAGGGCGCCUCGGUCAUUGGGACAAUGCUGUUGCACGAGAUGUGGAACGCUGCCUGCUGA